AUGGUCGACAGCGCGCAUCGCCAUAUUCAAUUAUGCUGUCACCUCAAAGACGGGACCGAUGUCUGGCUACGGGAGUCGACUGUUCAGAAGGCCUCCAAUGCAGCUGUCUGCACGUACUGGGGGUGCGGCCCUGGAGAGGAAUGGAAGCGUCCUGGGACGGAGAGCGUGCUUGACAGCAUCUCGCCAGAGCCUCUCAAGAUCAUGGCCUACCGUAAGAAUGCUGCAGAGGUUCGCCUACAGAUGGUAGGCUCUCCUGCAUCUCAAAAGCAAUGGAUGUCUGUUGAGGACGUCAAGGCUCAAUGGCCCACUUUCUACGAGGAAAAUUGCGCUCAUGCGCCGUCGUCGCCGUCGGCACAAACGACGAUGCACAUCCAGGGACCAGGCUCGGAGGAACGCGAUCUGCAGACAAUCGUCGGCCAUCGCCUGCAGGAGGACGAUGAGGGUGGCGGUUCUCAGUUCCAGCUAUCCUGCCAAUGGGACUCGGGUCCCGAGACGUGGGAAGAUGAAGUAAAAAUCCAGAGUGCUUGGAACGCCGCCGUUCUGACAUACUGGAACAGCGAGCCAGGGCUCCGCACUUCGCAGGCUGAGGGCAAGGUUCCGCAUCGAUAUCUGCGCAUACAGUCACAUGACGAGCCGAAUCGCACAAUGGAGGUGCAGUGGUUGGGCUACUCUGCAUGCGCGGAUGAAACCUCCUGGGAAAGCUUCUCCAAAGUCAAAGAGAAAUGGUCCUCUGCAUUCGAAAGCUAUGUCAAAUUACACUCCCUAGAGUCACUCCUCCACUCAUAG